AUGGCGAGCACUGGCAAGACUUUUGUAGUAGAGCAUCUCGACCCGGAACUCGAGGAAUGGUCGUCCUUGGAAUACUCGGCCAUUGCAGCAGAGUCCCACGCUUCGGGCGCUCAGUUCUUGCUCUCUUCCGUCCCGACUUCUUUGACCUUGCCUGCCAACCUCCAGGGCGCCAAGGGCCUCCAAGUUGAGACUAGGGGGAUCGAAGAGAUAUAUGCCGACAAGAAGGACAAAGUAUGCUUGCUCGACCCAGCGGCGUCCAAGGACCUGAGCCCAGAAGACGGUGACACUUUUGACAUUUUUCUCUUCGGCGGUAUCCUGGGAGACGAUCCACCUAGAGACCGCACUUCAGAGCUGCGCAAGAAGGGAUAUCAAGGCCGUCGUCUAGGUCCCGUACAGAUGACAACCGACACUGCAGUCCGUGUGACUAGGAUCUGCGUCCAGGACAAGGUACCCGUCGACCAGAUCCCAUACAUAGACCACCCAGAUCUGAAGAUCAACAAGAACGAGAGCACACAGAUGCCGUUUCGCUAUGUCAAGGGCAGCGAUGGACAGCCUAUUAUGCCCGAGGGCAUGCGUGAUCUGAUCGUCAAAGACUCGGCCAAAAGCCUCAACGAUCUCUUCUAG